GGCACCCGCGUGCACAUUCCCUUCCCACACUGCGCUUCAGUCGAUAGCAGCAGUAAUGGCUCUCCUCAAGACUACCAAGUUUAUAUCCUCUGUUGGUAGUUUUACGCCGUGUUUGGGUGCCCUACCCAUUCGAGCCAGUUCAUGGUGGACUGAAGUGCAGAUGGGACCACCUGAUCCCAUCCUGGGGGUGACUGAGGCCUACAAACGGGACACUAACCCUCAGAAGAUGAACCUGGGUGUUGGGGCAUACAGGGAUGACAAUGGCAAGCCAUAUGUUCUCAGUUGUGUCCGCAAGGCAGAGGCGCUGAUUGCUUCUAAGAUGCUGGAUAAAGAGUAUCUCCCCAUUGGGGGUCUGGGAGAUUUUGCCAAGGCUUGUGCUGAACUCUCACUGGGGCCUGACAGUGAAGUUCUCAAAGGCAAGAGGAACAUUACUGUUCAGACGAUCUCAGGCACUGGUUCUUUGAGGGUUGGAGCCAACUUCCUGUCACGGUUCCACACAGUGGCAACGGAUGUAUAUUUGCCGAAACCAUCCUGGGGAAAUCACACCCCUAUUUUCCGUGAUGCUGGUAUGCAGCUGAAAACUUACCGUUACUAUGAUCCUGCUACCUGCGGGUUUGACUUUGCUGGAGCACUCGAUGACAUCUCGAAAAUUCCAGAGAAUAGUGUAAUCAUGCUCCAUGCUUGUGCUCAUAACCCCACCGGUGUUGACCCCCGACAAGAGCAGUGGAAGGAGCUCUCGGCUGUCAUUCAGAAGAGGAAACUUCUGGUGUUCUUUGACAUGGCCUACCAGGGCUUUGCCAGUGGAGAUAUUGAUCGAGAUGCCUGGGCUGUGAGAUACUUCAUUGAGCAGGGCCACAACAUCCUCCUGUCUCAGUCCUUUGCCAAGAACAUGGGCCUCUAUGGAGAGCGUGUUGGAGGGUUCACAGUGGUGUGCGCAGAUGCUGAGGAGGCAAAAAGGGUUGAGUCUCAACUGAAGAUCCUCAUUCGCCCCAUUUACUCCAACCCACCCAUGAAUGGAGCACGCAUUGCCUCCACAAUCCUCAACACACCAGACCUGCGUUCUGAGUGGUUGGAAGAGGUGAAGGGCAUGGCAGACCGUAUCAUCAGGAUGAGAGAAAUGUUGGUGGCUAAUCUAAAGAAGGAGGGAUCCAGUCACAACUGGCAACAUGUAAUUGACCAAAUCGGCAUGUUCUGCUUCACUGGGCUUAAACCUGAACAGGUGGAGCGUCUGACAAAGGAGUUCUCUGUUUACAUGACUAAAGAUGGCCGCAUCAGCGUUGCCGGUGUAACCUCUGGAAAUGUGGGAUACCUUGCACAUGCCAUUCACCAGGUCACCAAGUAGAUCAAAGUGUGCUGAAACAGGAGAUUGGUCUACGGCUGUUACGUUUGGUCCUGUUUCUGUUAGUCUGCCCCAUUAUUUCUCUUUGACAUUGGACUCGGAUCUCAGCUUCACUUCAUUUGGCUGUUUUUGCUAGGUCAACAUGGACACUUAAUCAGGGUGUCCAACAGUUCUUCUUUGACUGCAAGUCAUCUCAGGUCAUCUUGUGAUUCUAUGACUGAGCACAACAUUUUCAUCCUAUUGAAAACUGUAUAAACUUAUUUAUUGUGUGAGUGAAGUUAAAUGAGCAACAAUAAUAAAGGGUAUUGUGUCCAUUUUAA